GCUGCUUGUUUAGAUUGGAAUCCUGUAUUGUAAAGUUAUAAUGCUUUGUUUCUAAUUGAGUUUUUAAUAAAGCAAAUGCAAUGCCAUUACCUAGUACAUAGACACGGUUCUUCUUUAGACUGAUGCCACAGAAUAACUAGGUUCUCUAAAGAACCCUUCUAGCCUUCAAUGUCCAAAAUGAUAGGCGUGGUCCAUGGUCUUGUUUUCCAAGAAUGGAAUCAGUAUACAUAUUAAUAAUGAUGAUACAGUGAAUUAUUUAUGCUUCCACACAAACUACAGUGUACUUUUGCGAAACCUCAUCCCACCGCGCUGUUGUGUUAUACAAUACCCCCGGAUAGAAUGACUCCUGACCAAUCACAGUGCAGGGGACGUGGCGAAUGCACGAGAGCGUAAUGUGGGACAGAGUGGAGGAUUCAGAACCAUGGAGAGCUACCGCUAUGCACACACGCGAUUGGCUCAGCAGGAGAAAGAAGGGGCGGGGCACUACAAUCAUGCAUCUCAGCUAUUGGAUAAUAAAAGUGGGUGGGCGGGCUUGAUAACUGUCACUCUGGAUGUUAGAUGAGAUAAGUCGGAAAAUAUCCCGUGUCAGAAAUAUAGCUAUUUCCCCCCUCAGUAGUGUUUAAUUAAAGUGGAACACAGUUUAAUGAGAAGAAUGAGCAGGAUAAAGUGUACUUUGAGAGAUUCAGGGUGUUGAGCGUGCAUGAGAAGAAAAUAUACAGACAGGUAGAAGGCAUAGACGACAGCAUAUUUCCCAAUGGCUGAGAAUAAUUUCCCUCCUCUGCCAUCAUUUAUCCCGCUGAAGCCAUGUUUCUACCAGGACUUUGAGGAGAUCCCAGAGCAGCACCGCAAAAUGUGCAAGAAACUUUACUACCUCUGGAUAUUGUACAGCGCCACUCUGGCGGUGAAUUUCAUAGGCUGUAUGGCUUGGAUGUUUGGUGGAGGAGGAGUGACGAACUUCGGCAUGUCCAUCAUGUGGUUGAUCCUCUUCACUCCUUGUUCCUACGUGUGUUGGUUCAGACCCGUCUACAAGGCCUUCAAGACAGACAGCUCCUUCAACUUCAUGGCUUUCUUCUUCAUCUUCAUGGCUCAGGUUGCUAUCAGCAUCAUCCAAGCCAUCGGGAUUCCAGGAUGGGGGGUCUGUGGCUGGCUAGGCACUAUUGUCUUCUUUGGCACAAGCAUCUUUGCCUCCAUCAUCAUGCUCAUUCCAACCAUCAUGUUUACAGCUGUAGCCAUUUUGUCCUUCAUUGCUCUCACUACGGUUCAUAACCUGUACCGGGGCAGUGGAGGCAGCAUGAGUAAGGCUCAGGAGGAGUGGACUACGGGUGCCUGGAAAAACCCACAUGUUCAAGAGGCUGCCCAGCAAGCUGCCCUCGGAGUCGCCCAAGGAGCCACGCAGGCGCAGGAUCCAGCCAACACACCAAACUAUAGCAAUCAGAUGUUAAUACAGAAUGAAAUAUAAGGCAAGCACCAUUGCAGAGACUUGCCAAAAAACAGGCCGGGAAUGUUGGCCUUUGCGUCUUACAGAUAGAUCAAGACAGCUUUUGGCAGAGCUCUUCUGGAAUAAAAUGUAGAUUGGUGUAUUUAUUUGGAAAAACUAGCCUGAUUUCUGGUUUUCUUUAGUAGGAAAACCUGUGAUGGUUUGUGAUUGUGUGGUUCCUUAGCGCCUUUGUAUUUGGAUGGAAUAGCAGACAGAUUUGUAAUUGUCUUUUUCUUUGACUUCUUUGUAUGUAGUAAGCUGGGUUUUAUUAACUCAGAGGAAAAAAAAAAAACAUACACAAUUGUGUAUGUUAAUGAUGUCAUUGUAAGCCUAACGUAUGACUACUGGAUAAUUACUAAAACAAUUCAGGUACUAAAUUACUAAUUACACCAAAUGUUUCAUUGAGCACAAAUAAAUAACUUUAGUAUGGCAAUGUAAUGUCAAAUCUCAAGUAAACAAUCUGUAACAAAAAAAAAGUAAUUUGUUCUUUUAACUGCAUUCACUGUACAUAGUUAGAGUUUCAGGUGCUAACUGACUAUACUAGCAAUAACUGUUUAUAUAUU